GGCAGGGUUCAUAUUUUAACACCUCCAUGUAAAUAUGGCCCUUCCACGUCUAGCUAUUUUAAUUUACUGAGAAGUUUCUUUUAGAAAUAUACUUUGUGCGUUACUAUCGGACACUUUACUUUCUUAUGAGAAAUAAUCCAAUUAUACUAUAAACAAAGGACUAUUUUUGCUCAGGAGCUUAGUUAGGGUUUAAAUACUGAACAAAAAAGAGGAUAUGCAUCUAUUUAAGGUUUUCAUGCACACCUUGGUUUUUACAUCUUUACCCUAGUCCGAAUCUGAAUAGCUUUAACCAAGUAACCCAAAGAACGAAAAGAAAGUAAUAGAGGUCUUGCCUCAUACAAAAUUAGUCUCAAAGACCAACAGGAUUCGUAACCUGCUCAGGGUGGUUCUGCCGGCUUGUCACUGAAUUCUCACCAGAAUAAAUGUUGGGUCCAUGCUGGACGUAUUCAUUAAAUUGAGCUCUUGGUCCACGAGGUUUUUCCAUUUCACUUUUAUCAACCUCUUCACGAUUACGCUUAUAAGAACCACUUUGCCAAGGCUUAAUGGAAGACAUGUAUAACUGGUUGAUUUCUUCCAACGUAAGACCCUUAGUUUCCUUGGCAAAGAGGAAAAUAACGAUCGCAGCCGCCAAGUUACAAGACGCAAAAACAUAACCGUAUUUGAAGCCAAUAGAGUUGCUAAUGAAUGGUGUAAAAAAGGAAAUCAAAAAGUUAAAAAACCAAUUGCUUGCCGUAGCUACGCCAGCGCAUUUGGAACGGUAACGAAUGGGAUACGACUCACCAACAAUAACGUAAGCAGCAGGGGCCCAAGUUUGAGCAAAAGAGAAAAUGAAGAGACAAGAAAAGACAAUCAUAACGGCUCCACAUCGAUGAUUAGAGGUCCCGUUAGGGCGGUACAAGGCACGAUCACCAACGGAGGCGUAGAUGAAAAAGCAAAUGGACUGCCAAACACCACCAAUAAUCAGAGGCAUACGACGUCCAAAGUACUCAAGAACGAAAAUAGCACCGAAGGUGCAGCCAAAAUUGACGGCGUCAAGAAUCAAAGCAGCCAAGAAAGGAGAGUUUAAACCGGUGCCACGGAACACUUGAGUACCAUAGUAGAAGAAGUAGUUGUUACCAGUAAGUUGUUGGAAAGCCAUAACUGCCAUGCCCAGAAAUGUACGGUAGCGGACUGGAUUUUGAAAAAUUUCUAUCCAUCUACAGGGACCACCUGCUGUUUCAGCUUCCACAUCAGCUUGGAUAGCAUUAUACUCUUUCUGCAUUAAAGGAUGGUCAGGAGUAAGUCCAGAGUUACGACAUAAGAUCUGCAUACAUUCUUCGUUGCGCCCUCUAGUUGCCAAGAAGCGUGGAGAUUCUUUUAAGAAAAUCAUACCGAAAAACAUCAAUAUACCCCACAACAAAUUAAUUCCGAUUGGGAUGCGCCAUUGAGCAGUUGCAUGACGCUUUUGUGUGCCAAUGUUGAUACAAGCAGCAAUGAAAAUACCUAAAGUAAUGAAAAGUUGGUAAGUGGUUACAAUAGAACCACGUAUUUGUGGAGGAGCAGACUCAGACUGGUAUCCAGGGGCAAUGACAGACAAAGCACCAAUACCAAGACCAGUCCAAAUUUUUGCGACCAUGAAUUGGACCCAAGAAGGGACCGUGGUGAGUUGAACAAUGAUACCGGUAAUGUAAACCAGAGCCCAACCCAUGAUGCAUUUUUUUUUACCAAAACGAUCAGCCAAAGGAGAAGAAAGUAAACAACCGAUUGUUGUACCGACGUUUACCAUACCAACCAAAAGACCUUGACGGGCUGAAGAAUAUGAAUAUGUAUUGGCAACCGGAUCAUACCGAUCUGCGUAACGUGACUGGAAAUCUCUCAUAUUUGUAAUACCGCCGAUGGAACCUGUGUCAGCACCGAACAUCCAACCGGCCAUGGACACGAAGACCAACAUCAAAGUUGUGAUUGUUUUUCCCAUCUUGAGAGAUAUUGAGUAAAAGUCCCACUAGGAAAAUAAACCACUGAUUUUUUAUAAGAUAUAAUAUUGUGACUUAAGGAAUAGAAGAAGUCGACGGAUUUAUUAAUGCUGCUUUGGAUAAUAUACCUUAGAUGCCAAUUGGUAGAUAACGAUUGCUUAUAUACACAAACCUUCAAUGUAAACAAACAAAAGCGCAACCAAUUACAUGUAUAUUGAUGUUUACCGAAGUUUAUCGUGGAGGGAAGGAAUUCUUUUUUUUUUAACAAACGACCGAAAUAAACAAUUAAUGAGAGCGCUAUUUCGAUAAAUCCCUUAUGUAUUCAGUUUUUCAAAAGUUGGAUAACUGGUCAAUGGUUUUGCUGAAGCGUAAAAAGAAGAAAUUAAUAUGGGAUAGACAAAGCUUGAAAGGUUUGAGAGAAGAACGAUGUUUUCGUGUCUACUAAGUGGGGUUGAUUUAAACUGUCGAAGCGCAAAACUAGUUUAGAAUUCUCAAAGAAUUCUACUUAUCUAUGGUAACUAUAUAUUGCUUGUAUCUACUAAUUACCUCACUGCCUUUCUUCAUCUCCAUUUCAAGUUAUGAUCGAAGCAUCACAAACAAUACUGCAAUAAUGAGAUCGGUAAUACGCCUGCCGUAAACGAGUUUGGUGUGACAUAUCCGUGAGCUACUGCUUGUCGCAUUUACUCACUUUUAUUCAAUUAACUUUUGGUCGAGCAAGGAUUACAUGACCUUAAUUAUGUGUGUACGUCAUUAUCCAAUCAUAUGGAUCCCUAAAUUAAGUUUAGUUUAGGAUUUGGGCAUGAGUCGCUAAUGUCAAUAAACAAACAAACAAAAGGAGAUCUCAUCGUUUGUGUACAAAGGCGUGAUAUGAUUCAUUUGAAUUUAUGAGAGUUAAUUCUUAUCAACAUGCUCAUUACAAAAGACGAUCAAUUCCAAAAAAAAAUUUCCGCGUUCAUCAUCUUAAUGUUUCUACCAUUCAACACUAGACACCUCAUUGCUCUGUAAUUUGAAAAUGCUAAGGUUGAGGGACAUAUUGGGGGAAAGCUUAUUCAGUUUAGCCAAAAGGGGUGAAUACGCAUCAUUUAGCAGUUGCAUUGGCAAAAGUGCUAAUAGUCAGGUGGCUGGAUCAAAAAUAAAGAGGGGAAGAAUAUGGUUUCAUUACAUGUCCAGCUUUAAUUAGACAACUUCUCGAAAACACCUUGUCCAUUUGAUUUCAGAAGCAUGACCAUGAAAUGACUUGAUCAUUCAUGCGCUGCUAUAUAUUUUGGGAGUUUUCUCUAGUUUUUCCAUCAAUAUUUCUUGGCCCUGCUCUAAUAUAUUUUUUUGCCUAAUCUCGCCCUACUUUUUGGUGUUUACUAUCGUCUUCUAUCCUUACUCAAAUUAAAUAAUUCACAACAUGACUCCGAUCUCCAAAGUCUCUUAUAAUCGUCCUACCAUACAAUCCAAGCGUGAGCAUGCUCAAACGACAAGCUUUUCUGUUUCAACUGAACAUACGAAGCUUGAAUCUUUCGAAAUGGAUAAGUAUUCAAAGCUCGAAGGCCUUCGCGUACAGCUGUAUAACCUAUUAACAAAAGCCCCCUUUUCUAAUCUUCGCAAACGAGAUACUAUUUUGCAUAAGUUGUUUCGACUAUUAUAUUGUCCUGACAAUUAUAUCGCUCGUCGCGAACAACAGCAUACCCAUCGAGCAAUUACUACAAAGAAUUUGUUGCAUAUCCCCACUGGGGUUAUUGACAUAGUACACAAAGAUGAAAAUCCACAAAGACAAAGUUCGCUUGACAUGUUUGACACUGACGCUAUGCAAUCUCCUGUAUCCAUGACAGUAAUCAACGACGACAACAAAUCGUCAUAUUCGCAAUCUUCCACUUGCACCAAAUACAGCUUUCCUGAUACUGCUUCUUCAAUAUCAUGUACGGCUCAUAAAGAUGCUGGCUCGUACAAACAAGACACUAUGAAGGAUAAGCAUGAAGAUAAUAUCAAUAUUGAUUGGUUUUCCAUGGAUAGUGAGGAUGAAGAUUUACUCAGCUACUCAAGUUCUGAUAUUGAAAAGAACUUUUCCAUUCUGAAAGAGCUUUUGAAAAACCCAGAACAAAGAUCCAAUGCUCAGGUCGUGCAAGGAGAAGACAUUGAGCAUUUGGAGAACAUGUGGAAAUCACUAAAUAGUGGCUCUUUCGAUGAUCCUUCUAUUUUGCUUCUCCGCUUAGAAUUUUUACUAGCAGACCUGCAAACUGCCAUUCGUAUAUAUCCAGAGAUGACCUGUGGAAAAUACCAAAAUGAUGCCUUCUUUGACAAAGUGAAAGUCGAACUUCAAGGUUUUGGUAUUUGCGUAUAAUAUUACCUUUUUUCUUAUGAUAAUUUAAAACUACUAAUUCUGUAUCUAUCUGUUUGACUUCUUUCUUUUUUUGCUGUCUUUUUUGCUACUAGAGCCUAGCUCUCUCCUAUCAUGGACUAAUUUCUCUCAUCUUACAUUGAAUCUGUUUUUAAUUUCAAAAUAAUGACUUAAUAACAAGUAAUCUAAAUUCUCAAAUUCAAAUUCGAUUUCGAUUUUUGUAUCUUUUUUUGACUUUAACUUGUGAGUAGAUG